AUGGCUCCACCAACCUCCUCCAAGGACAAGUUCUAUGGGAAGGUCAUCAACCCCUACCUACCGGAGGUGAUGAAACACCCUCAAGACAUCGAGAUGCGUGAGGGGGUGCUUCACAUCCGGGAUGUUCAAGGGCCCAAGAAGACAGGGAGCAUGGAGGCCAGGUUCGAAGCGGUGGAGCAGGAGACCUUCAUGUGCCAAGGGAUGGUGGAACAUGGACCCAGCGCCAACUACUCCAUGAUCAUGGAAUUCACCCGUAAUCACAAGGUGGAUGGCCAGUCAAUGGGGGAGAUCGUGUUCACGCUCAACGAACGAAUCGACUAUCUCCAAGGCCGAAUCUAUGAUCUUCAAAACCAAAAUUUCGAGUAUGAGGCAAGAUUUUGA